AUGGCCUUGGGGAAGAAAAAGAAGGAAGAUACCCUGAGGAUGUUGGCCAUGACUCCACAGGGUGACGAUCAGCUCACGAAGGGUCCACUGGACAUGAAGGAAAAAGCCGGGGAAAUGAUGGAGAUUAAGAAAGACAUGGACGAACAGUACGAAAAGAUCAUGCUGCACAUCAAGAAAAGGUUCCUGGAGAAAGGCCUCCAUCCUGAUCUUGUAGCGGGUGCCACACAUACGAAGCCCUUUGAACGCAGGUUUCCUCGGAGCCACGGAGCAAAGCAAGUUCAAGAGGAGCUAGGCCUCGAUGACGAGGAUGACAAGAAGGGCGUUUUGGGAAAGGUUGCGAAUGCAGCCUUGGACAAAUAUGAGAAGAAAAAACAGGAGUUGGAGAAACUGGAGGCACUGCUGGAGCGUUGUCGACGGGAUGCCUUGGGAGAGAGAAAACCUCCAAAGUCUCUGAAAACAUCGGGAGGACAUGUGCUGGUCUGUCUCGUGGGCGACACGGAAGUUUCCAGUAUCCCGGUGGGAAGCUCCAGGUUGACUGGAGCGUGCAUUGGUAUCGAGCACUUCAUGAAGUCCCUGCGUGACGAUCGGUUGGAGCUGAACCAGGACAGCCAACCAUCUGUUUUAUUCCUUGGGGAACUUCAGCCUGUGGAUUGGCACAAGAUUUGUCAUCUCGAGCGAGUGUGGUUUUUGUCCGGCUCACCCCUUAGGGCCGAAGAUCUGAUGCGAGCGGGGCUGGACACAUGCUCCACUGUGGUCAUCGCUCGAAUGCACAGUGGCACCGUUGGCAAGGUGACCAAAACUGCCGAUGCCCGUGUGGUUCUGGCAGCAACCAUGGCCGCCUACAUGCUCCCGUUUGAUCGGGUCACGCCCAUCGUCACUGACCACGCUUAUCCUGGCAGCUGUGAGUUGCUUCCACCAGAGCGGGUCUUCAUCGAGGAAGGCCCAUUGUUGAGCACAGCUAUGGUAGGCCCUCCACCGGAACUGCCACAGGCCUUGACAGCACUGCUGCGGGGUGCCAAGGCUCUGGCUCGUUCCAUUGGUCUUGAUGGAAAGCCACCGCCAAUCAUUGAUGUGGCAAGCCUUGAUGGUGGUAUAUAUCAGGAAAAAUAUGAGGACAUGGAGAUUCAUGACAUCAAGUACCAUCCGCGCUACAUGCGCGGGCAG